CUUGCUCGGCGGCCGUGCUGCUUUGGGCUCCUUGCUAGACCUCAGGGUGGUCUCUACCCCCUUGGUGGACGCCGUUGGUCCAAAUGGGCCAGCCAGCCUAGGGGCACCGAAUUCGCAGAAAGUGGCGAAAGUCCUCUCCUGGACAGGCCAUGGCCGAGGCUGUGGGCCAGCGAUGAAGCCGCGGGAGCAGCCCUGCCAGGGUCACGCCGGCCCAUGCCCACCGGCGGCGGCAGUGGCCGGGGGCUUCCUGGUUCCGACGCAUGGGUGGCUCUUGCCCGGAGUAACCCGGGCCCUCGGGGCUUGACAUGACCACGGUGGCCUCGGGGCUGCAGGGCAUGGGGUCAGUCUACAUCGCCCUGGAGCUGGUCAUCGCGGUCCUGGCCAUCGGGGGCAACGUCCUGGUGUGCUGGGCCGUGGCCAUCAACACCACCCUGAAGAACGCCACCAACUACUUCCUGGUCUCCCUGGCCGUGGCCGACAUCGCCGUGGGACUGCUGGCCAUCCCCUUCGCCAUCGUCAUCAGCAUCGGCCUGGACACCGACUUCCACUGGUGCCUCUUCCUGGCCUGCUUCGUCCUGGUCCUCACCCAAGGGUCCAUCUUCAGCCUCCUGGCUGUGGCCGUCGACAGGUACAUGGCCAUCAAGAUCCCUCUUAGAUACAAGAGCCUGGUGACGGGGAAACGGGCCCGAGGCCUCAUCGCCGUCCUGUGGCUGCUCUCCUUCGGCAUCGGCCUGACGCCGCUGAUGGGCUGGAACCGCCGUGCGUCGGCCACCGCCAACUGCACGAACCAGACGGGGAGGCCCUGCCUGGUCAAGUGCCUCUUCGAGAACGUGGUGACCAUGAGCUACAUGGUGUACUUCAACUUCUUCGGCUGCGUCCUCCUGCCCCUCGCCCUCAUGCUGGGCAUCUACGUCAAGAUCUUCACCGUGGCCUGCAGGCAGCUGCGCCAGAUGGAGCUGGCCGGCUACUCCCGGGCCACGCUCCAGCGGGAGGUCAACGCCGCCAAAUCGCUCGCCAUCAUCGUGGGCCUCUUCGCCCUGUGCUGGCUGCCGCUCCACGUGGUGAACUGCCUCUCCCUCUUCCGGACGGACUUCGCCCGGGACAAGCCCGUCUGGGUCAUGGACGUGACCAUCAUCCUCUCCCACUGCAACUCGGUGGUCAACCCCAUCAUCUACGCCUACCGGAUUCGGGACUUCCGGUGCACUUUUUAUAAGAUCUUCUGGCGGUACAUCUUGUGCAAGGCGGAUGGCUUCCACAACUACCCGAAGGGUCCCGGAGAUGGGAGUCGGCAUCUCUCUGUCAGCAACGUCGCCACGUCGCCGGCCUGCCUCUAAGGGCCCGCGUUUCUUGACAUCGUCACUCCCCCCCCCAAACGGACCCGCAUGAACGGCUGCUUCGGACUGUGACCGUCAAAACUCCCGGAAAAAAACUGUGACCGCUCAUUCUCUCUGGGUUUCCGUGGUUCGAGUCUGUGUUAUAUAUUCCUGCCCUGAGGUGGGAAAGAAAGCGUGAUUUCUAAGGUCCCAUAAAACUUGGAAAUUCUGGGAUAUAUCUAUUUGUGUGUGUGUGUGUGUGUCUAGGAUGUGUUUGCUGUCUUAAAUCCACCGUGGGCCUCUUGGCAGAGGUCCGUGCAGGCUGAGCCUUUUAACUGGAAGUUGGAUAACCAUUUCCAUCAUCCCCUAGCCGGGAACUGUGAUCCCAGGGGCUGGAAUUCAGUUCAGAUUCCGGGGAAUUUCAGUUCCAAACGGGAACCUUUCCAGCCUCUGGAUCAAAGUUUAAAACAGAUUUAACCUUCCCUUCCCUGGCUUUGGAAUAACAAAACCAAAUCGUGCAUUAAAUUUAUGUCUCGUAACCAGACUCCUAAAUUGUCCCUCCUACUCUGAUUUUCAGAUGUCUUUUGGCUUUAUUAUUAUUCUUAGUUCAACACUCAAAAGAGAGGUUUGUAAGGUCAAGGGGGUGAGGGAACGCUAGCCCCACCAUUUGACCGUUCCAUAUUUUGUUAAGUAAUUGUCUUCACGCCCCCCCUUUUUUUCCUUAGAGGGAUUAAUUUAAUUUUAUCAUCAGUUCUUUGAUGCUGCUUGUAUUCUCAAAUGGGAAAUUGUUUUAGCUAGACCAGUAAUGGUUGAAAUAAUGUGUCCUUUUAAAAUAAACAAAUAAUAAGUACUUUUAUGACAGGUAGGGGCAGAGUUAAGGGGAAUCUGUGACUUUCAACAGAAUACUGGGCAAGAAAUGGCCUGUUUUGGACACAGGUAUUUUAUUUCUUUCCUUUUUUAAAAAAAAUAAAAUCAUUGCAAGGGAAACUCA